GACGCCGGAUGUUCAUACCUAACCUAUAUAAUUUCUUCCAAGAAGUCAGGCAUAAACUAUAGGUAUGCUUUUCAGCAGCGACUGCGGGUACGGAACCCGGAAUUAAGUACGUACAAUGUGUGCGUGUGUCGUGUGCAGAAGUGUGCGAUAGGUAAGAGGAGUCACUACUCACUACUACUUAUAUACUCGACAUUACGGCCAUUCAUCCAGGAUGACGACAUAACCUGCAACGUUGAACGUUGGAUGGCUGGCCGCACGCGUGUCGUCUGCAUAUGACAGUAUUUUGCGCUAAAGUAUGGCCGAGAAUUCGCAACAAAACGCAGCAGACUGCGCCAGCAGGCUCGAGGAGAUGAGCGUGAACGAGGAAGCAACGGGGAACGGACCGAUCCCUGGGGAGGACGUCGUGACACCCUGGAAUGUCGAGAGUGCAACCGACGAUGGGGUUGAUUACGACAAACUAAUCAAGCGUUUCGGAAGUUCAAAAAUAGAUGAAGAAUUGAUCAGCAGGUUUGAAAAGAUUACUGGGAAAAAGGCUCACCACUUCCUUCGAAGAGGAAUUGUCUUCUCUCACAGGGACAUGCAUACGAUUUUGAAUUUGUACGAACAAGGCAAACCGUUUUACCUGUACACAGGUAGAGGACCCAGCUCUGACUGUAUGCAUUUAGGGCAUCUGGUUCCAUUCAUGUUUUGCAAAUGGUUGCAAGAAGUCUUUGACGUUCCUCUUGUCAUUCAGUUAACAGAUGAUGAGAAGGCCAUAUGGAAGAACCUGAAAAUUGAGGAUGCCAUCAAAUUGUCCUAUGCUAAUGCUAAAGAUAUCAUAGCUUGUGGAUUUAGAAAGGAUAAGACAUUUAUUUUUUCUGACUUGGAGCACAUAGGCACUAAUCCUGCCUUUUACCAAAAUAUGAUAAGGAUACAAAAGUGUGUAACAUUUAAUCAAGUCAAGGGGAUAUUUGGAUUUGGUGACAGUGACCCUAUAGCAAAAAUUGGUUUUCCUCCAACUCAAGCAGCUCCGGCACUAAGUAGUACUUUUCCCUUUAUUUUUAAGAAUAAGAAAGUUCCAUGCCUUAUCCCCUGUGCAAUAGAUCAAGAUCCAUACUUCAGAAUGACAAGAGACGUGGCGCCUAAACUUAAUCAUCCCAAGCCUGCACUGAUACACUCCACAUUCUUCCCUGCACUGCAAGGAUCUAAAACAAAAAUGUCUGCCAGUGAUAAUAAUACUGCUAUAUUCCUCACUGACACUCCAAAGCAAAUAAAGAACAAAGUUAACAAACAUGCAUUUUCUGGUGGCCGGGCUACUGUCGAAGAACAUAGAGAAUUGGGAGGAAACUGUGAUAUCGAUGUAUCUUAUCAAUGGUUAAGGUUCUUCUUGGAGGAUGAUGAAAAACUGGAAAACAUUAGAAAAGGUUACAGCAGUGGCGAAAUUUUAACAGGUGAGCUUAAGAAGGAAUUGAUAGAAAUUUUGCAAAAAAUAGUAGCCCAACAUCAGGAAGCAAGAAGUAAAAUCACAGAUGAAAUCUUGAAAGAAUACAUGGUGCCUCGAGAUCUCAGCUUUGUGUGAGAAGUAAAUACACUGCUAUGUCAUAUUAACUGUCAAACAGUUUGUACAGUAAAGUAGUAGAUAUCAUCUACCAGCAUCUUAGAUUUAUAUUUGAAAAAUUUAUUUAACUGCAAAUUAUUUAUUUCAUCAUACAAAAUUCAUAUACAUAAAAAUCUUUGCAUAGAAGUGUUGAAAUACAAAUUUCGUACAAUUGUAAUAAAUGUUAGAUUUUUCAGUAUUCUUUUGUCAUAUAUUUUAUACAAACAUCACAAAGCAAUGUUCAAUUGCCAAAAGUUUCUACUAAGACGACUUGUAGUUGUAAGAGAAAGUAAAAUCUCUAAAUCAUGGGUCAUCUCAUCCAAGAGAUUAAUAAAUACAUGUACAUUACCGCGUUGAAACUUGAUUAGAUUGUCUGACUUAAACAAAAAGACUGACACGCUUGACAAAGAGCACAUUCUACAAAAGAUAUACUGAGACCUUAGGAGCAUGCACAUGCACAAUUUUUCUCGAGAUAAAACGUCAGUUUCGGCUAAGAGGAUCUUUAUAAAAGUUGCUGUUAUAUUAUCGGCGAACUGUGUUUAAAAUAUCUAUACUUAGAUUGAACGGAAAUUGUGAAUUUCUAAAAAUACAAAGCUUGUAAACUCUUCAUUGUUGCAAAAAUAAAGGAAAUAUUUCGUAAAGUAGA